AAAUGUGUUCUACUACUUUUCAGGCUCACAGAUGACUUCAGUGUAACUGAGUUUGAAGAUGAAGACUUGUCUGAGCUGACAGAAAUGAAAGACCACGGCCUGGCACAUGACGAAGAUGCUGAUGAUGACGUGACAGAUCAACUGGCCAAUCAGCUCUCAGCUAGGGAGUGGAAGGGGUGUGUCUGCAGCAGCAGCCUGGAGCUGAUCGAUGCUGAGGAGACUGAGGAGGAAGAGGGAGCCGAGCAGAAGGUAGCAGAGGUGGGUGGGGGAGGAGGAGGCCUUGUCCGGAAAGAGGAGCAGCCCCUAAUAUUGAGCUGGGAGCAGGGGGGCACAGGGCCACCAACCUGUUCUACGGUCAUGGACAAAUACAGACCAAAGAGGCCCACCACUUUGGCUCUGUUCCCACAACAGCCACAAGCCGGCUCCCAGGACACUAUAAACAACAAUUCUCUUGGUAAAAAGGACAGUUGGAAAGACUCUCACUCAUCCUCGCCACAUAUCACAGGGGAUCAAACACCACCGGGUGCCCAGUCCAAAGCCGAGGCCAAGGUCCGACCCAGCACCCGUCGCCCGGCCCCCAAACCCCCUGUAACCAAUGGAACUAACAGCAGAGCAAACGGACAACCUACCGCUGUUGCUACAACUGACACACGUGCACGGGUCAGAGAGAGACAGGGGUCCACCAAUGCAAGCAACCAAUCCCCCAGAAGCCAGCGCAGGGGAGGCGGAGGAGCAGGGACAGGGGGUAAAGGCACAGGACGGGGUGGACUGAGAGACAGGAACCAGACCGACUCAAAAGCAAAGGAUGGGUCAGGCAAGGAUGAGAGGAGAGGGGCACGGCUGUGUGAGGAGAAGUGCAGAGAUAAAGACAAGAAUGGACACUCCAGAAUAAGGGAGACGAUUGGACUGAGAGGCAGAGCAGAGGCCAAAACAAAAGCAGCCCCUAAAGCUCCCACCAAAGGAGCUGGAAGCAAAGCUAAUAAUAUGCUAAACAACCAUCAACCUUACCUGCCCGCCAUGGUGGUCCCUCGCACACCUGUUGCACCUAGAAAGAAUGACAAGAGCAAAGAGAAAGGCCAAAACCAUGACAGGAAACAGGAACAGCCACCUGCCCUGUCCCGCUCCAGCAGUGAAGGUGGCUCUAACAGAAUGUCCCUGAGCUCGGACACAGAGGGCCCCCCACCUGGACCCCUACACCCCUCUCUGUCCUACAACCCCAACCCAGACAUCAGCGAGGAGGAUGGUGAGGGAGAGCCCACCCCAUCUAAGAACAUAACACAGAACUGUCCUGAAGAAAAUACAGAACCCAAACCAGAACUAGAACCAGGAACCAUAGAACAAAAUAGCACUACUAUUACAGAGGACACUAAUGUGGUCCGGACUAUCCCAAAGAGUGAGACCACCGCAGGGCUGAACUAUGACUCUGUGAAGUACACUCUGGUGGUGGAUGAGAACUCUCAGUUAGAGUUGGUCAGCCUCAAGGACUGUUUGCACAGCUACAGUGAGCACAAAGAUGAUAGUGACACAGAGACAGUCUAUCAAUCAGCCAAUGAGGAAGAGGAUCCCGAGUACGAGGUGGAGAGGAAGAAGAAGGAUGAAGAGACCAAGAAGCAAGAGAGGAGGAAAGAGGAGGAGAGGAAAAGAAAGGAGGAGGAGGAUUUGCAGCGGAGGAGGGAAGAAGAGGUGAAGAGAAGGAGGGAAGUAGUGGCUACUUUUUACAAACAUCCCAGAUUCAGAUCUACAACAACCUCAGAAGAAGACCAGUCCAAAGAGGGCAGGGCCACAGCACCGCGCAGCAAAAAGUUCCUCAACCUUUUUGGAGGUGACAGCGAUUACAGUGAAACAGGUGCCAGCUCUUUUGGAAUGUUUUCCUGUGUUUUGAAUGGAGUGGAGCGGCAACAGAGCCACAGAGCUGUCUACAGGUUUGUUCCUCGCCAUGCCGAUGAGCUAUACUUAGAGACAGACGACCCAGUGCUCAUCCUGAAACAGUCCGAAGACUUAUGGUGUCAGGGCUACAACAUGAGGACAGGAGCCACUGGCAUCUUCCCUGCUUUCUAUGUGGUCAAAGUGUCCAAAGAUAUUAACAAUGCCCCAAAAGAAGGCUGGCUAGAGCAGUUUAUGGUUCGCUUCCUUGGAUCCGUCCAGGUGCCAAUUUUCAAAGGCAAUGAUGUGCUCUGUGCUGCUAUGCAUAAGGUGGCGUGUAACAGGCGACAGGCGGGACAGCCCCCCUCUGCUUGUGUGCUGGAGGUCAGUGUAAAAGGGGUGAAGAUUAUCGUGCAGGAUCAGUGCCAGUCUGCUCACAGGGGGGACCAGUGCUUUAAUUUCUUCCAGUUGAAAAACAUUUCCUUUUGUGGAUGCCAUCCAAAACACAACAGAUAUUUUGGUUUCAUCACCAAACAUCCUGACCAACAUCGCUUUGCCUGUCACGUGUUGAUGUCAGAUACAACACUGCAUCCUCUGGCUGAAUGUGUAGGGAGAGCGUUUAAACAAUAUUAUAAGCAGAAUAUUGGCUACUCAUGUCCUACUGAAGACAUCUUCAUUGAGUAAGACCACACUGCCUUCUCACUGCGCGCAUGUAAGCUUGGUCUUACACCUCUAAAGAGAACACUACUUUCUCUGACUCUGCAUGGUGGAUUUUUUAUUUACAUUGGGAUAAAACACACAAUCCCUGACUUUGUUGACUAGUUAUAUCUCUGGAUAUUAAUGGUAUGACCAGGGAUAUCCUCACAUUUAACAAGAAUUCACCUGAAUUUAACAUGUUUAUAAUCAUAAGAAUAUGUAUUGCUUUAUGAUAGUAUAAUCCCAUUGGAGAUUGAACCAUCACUAGUUAUAUAGUAGAUGAUUGUUUUGCAUAAUUUGUAUGGAACAUUAUUCUGUGUUAAAACAAAGCAACAAUACAGAAGAAUGACAAUUGGCACAGAUACAUAUUCAACAAAGGGCCAGCAUAAAUGGUUAUAUUGCUUACCAUAUUGUAUGUUCUUGUCAAAAUAUUGUGAACAAAGUACAGAACGAACUAAACUCUACAAAAUGGCAAACUUUAUCUUACAUUUGGUGAGGACCAGUGUACCUAGGAGUUUUUCUUCUUCUUGCACAAAUGAGGGUUAAUCUAAAAUAUCAAAGCAUAGCUAUGUAAAUUAUAAACAUUACUGACACAUGACAAUCUACUGUUGAAAUGUCUGAAGGUGCCUAAUUUUACUUUUGCUGCUUAUUUUUUUCAUCUAUAAAGGUAUGCAAAGCUUUUUUCCUUUAAUUGUGAAUAAGGCCUAAAUGACGCUGUGCAAUUUGUCACUAACAAAGGAUCCUGGUGGACUGGACAUCUGCAGUGAUGGAUGACAGUGAGCUCCUCAGCUCAGGCUUUUUCUGCAUUGUCAGCUUAAAUAUAAACCAAUAUUCAAGUUAGUAGAUUUGAUGAACGACCCUCUAAAAUCAGCUACUACAAAUAGAAUAAAAUGUGUGUAAUAAUGAUAAAAAUAAAAAUGUACUCAGACCUCAUUCUGUAUAUACAAUAGGUAUAAAUUAUGUUUUUCAACUUCUUCAACAGCAUAGAAAAAAGGAGUUGCAUGUCAGCCAGGUCCUGGUUAGCCAGCCCCUCCUCCUAUUUCCGUUGUGCACUAUAGGAAAAGAGUACUGACUAAUAAUUAACCUAUUUUAAUUGGAAAAGCAAAACACAUAAAAAAGAGCUAACAACUAUUGUAUAAAGAACAGCAUGACUUGGAUACAGUCACAUUAAAAAACAAUGUCUGGCAAUACAGCAAUGGAGAUGAAGCCUGGAUUUGUAGUAUUUUCUGAAUAUAGUGCCUAUAAUUUUCUGAUAUGACUUUUGUAGUGUCUAUUUGUGUUCGGCUUAAAAAUGUCUCCAGCCCAAGCCCACUUUGCAGUGUUUUUGAGGACUGAAACUGUGGCACCAGAUCCACCAGAAAAUGUCCAUUUUGUCUGUUCGUAUGUGACCAUUAUGGUGAAUUGUAAAUAAACCAUCAUUACACAGUAUGUAUCCUGUAUAGAAAUUGUAUGUUUGUUUGUAUAGAGUUAUUAUUAUUGUAUGCCGUUAGUUUGACCAAAACAUGCAUGAUAUUAAUGUUGUCAAAUGGAGACAAUAUGCAGAAUUGUUUAACAAAGUUCUUGUCAAUAAACCAUGUUUACAACUAAAAAAGCAAAAUUAAAUACAUGUUGGAAAUAGUAC